UGGAAAAUAGUAAUAAACAAUAGUAAUUUAAAAUAGAAAACAAAUCUUCACGAGAAAUGCCAGGUGCUGUCAGUUCAUACUCAUACCGUCCGCAAAUAAUGAAAGUGUUUCGGAUCAAGCUGACUGUGCUUAUCUCUUAAAACGGAAGAUCCGAUGUGAAAUAAAUUGGACUAAAUUUCCAGUAAUCUGAAAAUUGAGAAUGACGAAUCUCCAUUUCAUCACCCAUGCUGUAAUGCUGUCUGUUUUGGCAGUAGUUGUAAAGAAAUAUUUGGAUCUGAGAUCACAAGUGGAAGACCUACAGAUGGAUUGCUAUCCUCAUCCCAUCCUCUCCCAACCUCCGAGAAAACCUGGUUCUCACCUUCCACAAACUGGGGAUAGAAUGGGGGUUAUUGAUAAAUUCAAGGAUCUCAACUACAUCGCAACAAGUCAGUCUAGCUUUGAGGAAUCUGUCAGUAACUUGGAUAUUGACAAUUUAGGGGCAACUAAGUAUGAAAGCAAAGUACAAUAUUCACAGCAAAAUAAAGUUUCUGGGACAGACUUUAGUAGUCAGUCAGACCAGUAUUUUGAAACAGAUUUUAUUCAGAGUAGUCAGGCAAGUUAUAGCAAGGAAGUAAGAAGUGAAGCGCCAAGUGGAAGGUAUUUUGAAGAGUAUGAAAGAACUAAAACUACAAGUUCAGAAUUCUCAAAUGUAUUGACUUCGAGUAGUGAAUUGCAUGGUGAAGGUCACACCAGUAUCGUUGCCUCAGAGACAGAUAUUGAUGGAAGUGAACAUGUCACAGCAGCUGACAUGACGCCAGACACCCAGAAAUCACCGGAGGAUUUAUCACCAACUGAAACCUCAGUUUGGUGCCAUGGCAAUUCAGAGAUGGACAAGAUGUGUCGUUUUAGGAACCUAUGUUACAGUCCUGUAAAUGAAGCUUUCUUGUUUUACCACAGUGACAAAAGUGUAUUAGAGAGGUCACAACUUGGCAACGAUAGCAGGCCGUGGCUACGCCUUUCCACUGUACUUGAUUACAAUGGUCAUACAGCAAACCUGAUUGAUUUAAAGUCUUCAAUGUUUAAUCACUCUAGGGUCAGAUGGGUCAAAGGUCAAAGCCUUAUAUUUAAUAGGUUCAAACCUGAUAAUAUUAUGCAUGUUCUCCAUGAUGACAUUUUCCCACUACACUUCACACUGAAUUUCAUCACUGGACAAAACUCUCUGGAUAGAUAUGAUGUGCAGUUGGUGUUUGUUGAAGGAUGGGAUCAGGGGGACUUUGCUGACUUGUAUUCUGUUUUUACCACUAAAUCCCCAAUCUAUAUUGCAGAUUUCAGUCAGGAACAAAUGGUUUGUUUUGAGGAUGCUUAUGUUGGGUUGUCAAUGGCAACUGUAUGGUACCAAUAUGGCUACAAUGAGCCUCAAGCACCUGUGAAAGACACAACAGCAUCAGGAUUUCUUGUACACAACACAGUAGAUUACAUUGUCAGUCAACUCAAUAUAGAAAAACCUCCCAACAUGAUGCUCACAUCAGCUGACUAUUUUGUUCUAUUCUCCAGGAAAGAAAAUCGUCGUAUUGUCAAUGAAAUGGAACUAAUGCUUACGGUUUCUGCUGAGGUUAAUAUGAAAGUAUUUGUUCUUAGUUUGGAAACCCAUAGUUUCAAAGAUAUCAUGCACUAUGUGCAGUUUUCCCGUGGACUUGUUGGUAUGCAUGGGUCUUUGAUGUCACUUGCUGCCUUUCUGAGGCCUGGUUCAUUUGUUAUUGAGUUGUUUCCUUAUGCAGUUCCUCCCAGAAAGUACUCCCCCUUUAGGACCCUAGCUGAGCUUCCAGCAAUGAAUCUUGUCUAUACAGCUUGGCAAAACCUCAACAAAACCAAAUCUGUAGGGCAUCCUGACUGGCCAGUAGACAUUGGGGGAAUCGGGCAUCUAUCGUCACAGGAACAGGCAGCUAUAAUGGCGGAGACCGAGGUGCCAGAUCAUCUUUGUUGUAGCGAUCCGUCCUGGUUGUAUCACAUAUAUCAGGAUACAGAAGUUGAUAUUCCUGCCAUCACCAGACUCAUCACAGAGGCUAUAAACAAAUCAUUCACUAGUAACCAGCUACAUAUAUUCCCAGCCAAAGUCUCCAACAUCUGGUGUAAUAAACAAGAGACUGAUAUCACACACAAAAAUGUGAAACAAUUGGGAAAUGUAGAAAAAGGAUCUGUGGUGUUUAAAAUAAAGUGGGAACCACCUCAAAACUUAGACAAUUUAGAUUUUCAAAAGUUACAUUAUGAGGUGAGAGUAGUACAAGAUGGUGUGGAUGAUAUUCUAUUUAUAGUGACAGAUACAUCUCUGUUAGUGUCUGUGCUGGGUGCAGGGCCCACAGUGAAGGUUUGGGUGAGGGCUAUUAUAGACAGUAAAACUGGGGGACUGCAUAGUCACACUAAGUGUUUAAUAACAUAACAUCUAAUUUGGGGGUUUGGGUGAAGGUUGGGUAACUUGGGGGUUUGGGUGAAGGCUGGGUAACUUGGGGGUUUGGAUG